UUCCUCAAGUCAAGAACAGAACACUGAACACCUCACUCAAUCACUCUCUCUCUCUCUCUCUCUCUCUCUCUCUCCCCCUAUCUACAAUACAUACCCAAAUUUUGAUUUCGCAGCCUCUGUUUUGCGAUAUGUUCACCUGAGCGAUUCUUCGAACACCUCACCCUCAAAAUUCCACCACUUAAAAACGCGGCGGAGCUCUUAAAUGAACUCACACUUGAUCACUUGCGAAAUACCAAGCUCGAAAUGCCGAAGCAACAGUCAUAACUCAUAAACCAAAAAGCUCCGAUUUUCACGGAACAGAAAUGUCCAACGCAAACCCAUCUCCAGCGGAGGCGGCUGAGGACGCGGUGAACAAGCGCUACGCGAGGCUGCUGUCGCUCCGUACGAAGGCGGUGGAUGGGAAAGGAGCUUGGUACUGGGCUCAUUUCGAUCCCAUCCUGAUCAGAAAUCCCGACACCAACCUCCCCAAAUCAGUGAAGCUCAAGUGCACCCUCUGCGACGCCGCAUUCUCCGCUUCAAACCCUUCAAGAACCGCUUCCGAGCAUCUCAAGAGAGGAGCUUGCCCCAAUUUCACCUCGAUGCUGAAGCCGAUCACGCAAUUGCCCCCUCUCGCAUCCCCCUCCUCGCAGCCCAAUCACCGCAAGCGCGCUUCCUUGGACGUGUCUCCGAUAAGCAUGUUCGAUUCUUCUCGAUUCGCCGCCACUUCAAUGACUCCAAAGCCGCCGGUUUUGUCUGGUGGGAGAGAUGAUUUGAGGCCACUGGCAAUGCUGGAGGAGAGUGUGAAGAAGCUCAAGAGCCCCAAUUCUCCUCCUUCUCAUGUACUGAGGAAAGAGCAAGUUGAUGCAGCCUUUGAUCUCUUAGCCGACUGGUUCUACGAGGUAUGUGGGUCUGUGGCAUUUUCGAGCCUGGAGCAUCCCAAGUUCGCGGCUUUUCUAAGGCAAGUCGGCUUGCCUGAAGUGUCAAAGAGGGAGCUUCUAUGCUCGAGGCUUGAUUCCAAGUUCGAGGAAGCUAGAAGAGCGUCCGAAGCAAGAAUCCGGGAUGCAGCUUUCUUUCAGAUUGCUUCUGAUGGAUGGAAUAUCAUUGAAAGGGGGAGCAAGAGCCUGGUUAAGUUUAUGGUUAACCUUCCUAAUGGAACCAGAGUUUUCCAAAAGGCGGUGUACUCGAAUGGUGGGGCAGUGGAGGAGGUAUUGUGGGAGACGGUUGGAGAGAUUUGUGGUGACAAUGCACAGAGAUGUGUAGGCAUUAUCGCAGAUAGGUAUAAAGGGAAGGCAUUGAAAAGGUUAGAACUUCAGAAUACUUGGAUGGUUAAUUUAUCUUGCCAGAUUCAUGGAUUUUGUAGUUUGAUCAAGGGCUUCAAUAGGGAGCUUCCACUAUUUGGGAGUGUAGCUGAAAAUUGUCUGAAAAUCGCGAAUUUGAUCAACUCUCAACCGAGGGUUAGAAGUUCUUUCCUCAAGUUUAGGUUGCAAGGGUUUGAAGUUCCUACCUUUAUUACAGUCCCCUUUCCUAAAUGUGACAUUUCUAAGAAUUAUGGUCCUUUUGUUGCAAUGUUGGAAGAUAUACUAACUUGUUCACAAAUUCUUCAUUUAGUUGUGUUGGAUGAUGCAUUUAAAUCUGUUUGUGUCGAGGAUAUUGCUGCUGUAGAAGUGGCUGAUCUUGUUCAAGAUGUUGGGUUUUGGAGUAAUGUGGAGGCUGUUCAUUCGUUGAUAAAGUUGGUAACCUCGAUGGCUGAGGAGGUUGAGGCAGAUAGGCCUUUAGUUGGGCAAUGUCUUCCUCUUUGGGGGGAGAUGAGGUCCAAAAUCAAGGAGUUGUGCACCAAGUACAAUUUGGCUGAGGGGCCCGUUGAGAGGGUAGUCGAGAGGCGGUUUAGGAAAAACUAUCACCCGGCAUGGUCAGCCGCCUUCAUUCUUGAUCCACAGUAUUUGGUCAGGGAUGCCUGUGGGAAGUACCUCCCCCCUUUCAAGUGCUUGACGCACGAGCAAGAGAAGGACGUUGACAAGCUCGUCACCCGCCUCGUUGCAGGGGAGGAGGCUCAUAUCGCGUUGAUGGAGCUUAUGAAGUGGAGAUCAGAAGGUUUGGACCCGCUGUAUGCUCAGGCAGUUCAGCUGAAGCAGCAGGAUCCCAUUACAGGGAAGAUGAAGAUGGCUAAUCCGCAGAGCAGUAGGCUUGUGUGGGAAACUUGCCUAAAGGAAUUCAAAUCACUUAGUAAAGUUGCAGUUAGGCUUCUUUUCCUUCAGGCAACCUCAGGUGGGAACAAGUGUGAUUGGUCAUUCACGAGAUUAUUUCGAGGCCAGGGAGUAGGGUUCGACAAGGUCCAGAAGCUUGUGUUCGUUGCAGCCCACACAAAGCUCGAGAGACAAGACUACUCCAGUGUAGAGGAGAAUGAUGCAGUGCUUCUUAGAAACAUUAAUGGCCAGACGCAUUGAAGCUAGAAUGGUUGAAAAGCACGAUCUUUUCCUUGCAAGAAGAGAGCAGUGGAUACGAGGGAGUAAGAGGCUUCUGCUCUUAUCCUCUUUCUGUUAAAGUUGCACAAUUUGAAUGAUUGUAGAAAACGUGUUAAGGGGUGUCAUGAACGCAACGUAUGAAAUGGACGUUGCAACGAGAUAGUGAACUGGUUGCCGAGGCAAGACAAGUGUAGGGUGUGCUGGUGAGAAUCAUGAUUUUGUGCAUUGUUGCAUCAAUUUGUUUGUGCACAUGGAAUACUUAGGAAAUGGAUGCUCAAUUUGUGCAGGCAUCACGGCAUCUGUCAAGUAAAAGGUUGUAAUCAGAUAAAGAUGUUGAUGAUUGCCCAUAAAAGACUCCAAGAUGAAAUUGUACAAUGUAAUGGUAGCAAAAGUUGGAGAGAGAGUGCAGAAAUUGCAUAUGGGAUCUCUUGAAAAUGAGAUUAUCCCAUUCCACAAUUAAAGUUGUAAAGCUGAGAUUGUCCUUCUCUUUAUGUACUCAAUCAUUCCAUCAACCCUCCAACACUAGUCAAUACAUUCCAACAUACUCUCAUCUGUCUAAUUCAAUAUCUAUGUACAUGUAACACAUAUGGUGCUUGUAUAUUGCUAGUCUCAGUGUAGGGGGGCAACCUUCUCAAAAAAUAUGGACUUUGGACCA